AUGGAGCUGGCGUGCGCAUUGUCCCCUGAGGUGAAGGUUGCCGUAGUCCCAUCCUUGCCGUGGAAGCAGAGAGGGGCGCGUGUGAGCAGGCGGAGGAAGAUCAGCCAUUCCACAGUGAAACGAAAGGGUCAGCUGAAGCUGUCCAUCGACAUGCAGGGCAGGCUCCUCGUGUUACACGUUAUGGAAGCAAAGGGCCUGCUGGGAAAAGAGUACCGGACAUGCAACUCCUAUGUGAAGAUGUCUGUAGUACCAGAUACUGAUCGGAAAUGCAGGCAAAAAACCAAGACUGUUCCAGACAGCAAAAAUCCCAUCUUCCACGAGCACUUCCUCUUCCCCAUUCAAGAAGAAGAUGAACACAAGCGUCUUCUGGUUACAGUUUGGAACCAAGAGAGGAAUUCCAGACAGAGCCAGCUAAUUGGCUGUAUGAGCUUUGGCGUGAAGUCGCUCCUGACCCCAGACAAGGAGGUCAGCGGCUGGUACUAUCUCCUUGGUGAGGACCUGGGCAGGACCAAGCACCUGAAGGUGGCCACGCAGCGUCUGAAGCAGAGCAGAGAGCCACCACGGGCGAGCCAGCGGGCUGAACUGGGAAACCAGGAGGCUGAGAACAUGGAGCAGCUCAAGAUUACAAUCCCUCGAGGAAGGGAUGGGUUUGGCUUCACAAUCUGCUGCGACUCUCCAGUCCGUGUGCAGGCUGUAGACUCUGGUGGCCCAGCGGAGAAGGCCGGCCUGCAGCAGCUGGACACCGUGGUGCAGCUGAACCAGCAGCCUGUGGAGCACUGGAAAUGCGUGGAGUUGGCACAUGAAAUCCGGAACUGUCCCAGUGAGAUCAUCCUGCUGGUGUGGAGGAUUGUGCCGCAGAUCAAGCCGGGCCUUGAAGGCAUGAUACGGAGGUCGUCCUGCAAAUCUACCUAUGACCUCCAGUCGCCUCCAAACAAGCGGGAGAAAAACAGCACGGUGCCCUCGCGCCCCGAGCAGCGCCAGAGCUGCCACAUUGUGUACGAUGGCAGCGACAGGCUGGUGCUGAACAACUGGGCGCGAUACACGGAGGUUGGGAAGCGGAGCCAGCACACGAUGCCACCUUUGUCCCGGGCAUCCUCUGACGGGGACAAGAACUACAUCCUCUUAGCCCCUCUGAAUCCUGGGAGUCAGCUGCUGAGGCCGGUGUAUCAGGAGCACAGUGCCGCUGUGGGAAAUGCAGGAAAAGGCAAAUCUCAUACGGGAUCCGGACGGAAAUCCAGGCUGAUGAAGACAGUGCAAACUAUGAAGAGCUAUGGGAACUACCAGAACUGCACCAUUGUGAGGCCUCAUAUCCCGCACUCCAGCUACGGCACCUAUGUGACACUGGCCCCCAAAGUCCUCGUGUUCCCUGUCUUUGUGCAGCCUCUAGACCUUUGCAACCUGGUCCGGACUCUCCUUUUGUCAGAGGAGCUGCUGCUUCACGAAGGCAGAAGCAGGACUGUAAAGGUGACCGUCUUCAUCUACUCGGACUUGCUGCUCUUCACUAAGGAAGAUGAGCCCGGGCGCUGCAAUGUGCUGAGGAAUCCUCUCUAUCUCCAGAGUGUCAAACUCCAGGAGGGUUCUUCUGAAGAUCUGAAAUUCUGCAUCCUCUACCUUGCAGAGAAGUCGGAGUGCUUAUUAAGUUUGGAGGCUUACUCCCAGGAGCAGAAGAAGAGGAUCUGCUGGUGUCUGGCUGAGAACAUCACUAAGCAGCAGCAUCCGGCAGCGGCUCCUGCUGAGAACAAGAUGCUUGAGACGGACACUGAGGAGCUGAGGGUGAUGGCCUCGGAGGAGGAGAAGGUGGCAGGGGGCGAUGCCUGCCCGGCCGCAGAAGGGGCAGCAGAGGGGGCGUUGAAGGAGGCUGCCCUGGAGGCCCCACUGGAGGAGGAGAAGGUGGUGAUUGCAACCAACUGUGUGGAGGAGCAGCCUGGCUCCAGCCCGGCCUUUGUGAUCCCGGAGCUGCGGCUGGACAGCACAGCCGACAGCCUGACGGACGAGGAGGACGAGGAGGAAGACGAGGAGGAGGAGGACAGUGACCAGCACUAUCUGGAGAGGAGCGAGGGGAAGCGCUGCAGCAUGAUCGAGCCGUCGAGCUGCGAACCGACCUACACCCUGACGGUGCAGGGCUCCCUGCGGCGCCGCACGCACAGCGAGGGCAGCCUGCUGCAGGAGACGAAGGGCCACUGCUUCACCUCCGACACCACCCUCAACUGCCUGGACAUCCAGGGCCCCCAGGCCCGCUGGGCACUGCCCUCGCCUAGGACCCUCAAGAAGGAGCUCACCAAGAACGGGGGCUCCAUCCACCAACUCGGCCUCCUCUUCUCUGGGCACAGGAAGCUCAGCGGAACAGACAACGAGUGCAGCUGUGAGGAUGGGGACGAGGCCUCCUGCAAGAAAAGGAGCAAAAACUUGGCCAAAGACAUGAAGAACCGACUGGGGAUAUUUCGACGGCGAAACGAGUCUCCAGGAGCCAACCCCAUCAGCAAGCUGGACAAAGCAAUGAAAUCCCUCAAGCCGACCCCGGAGGAAGCUCUCAAGUGGGGGGAAUCUCUCGAGAAACUGCUGCUGCACAAAUAUGGGCUGGCUGCCUUCCGGGCUUUCCUGCGGACAGAGUUCAGCGAGGAGAACCUGGAGUUCUGGCUUGCGUGCGAGGAGUACAAGAAGAUCAAAUCCCAGUCCAAGAUGGUAUCCAAGGCCAAGAAGAUCUUUGCUGAGUACAUUGCUAUCCAGUCAUGCAAAGAGGUAAACCUGGACUCCUACACACGGGAGCACACCAAAGAGAACCUGCAGACCAUUACCCGGAGCUGCUUCGACCUCGCUCAGAAACGGAUCUAUGGGCUUAUGGAGAAGGACUCUUACCCCCGCUUCCUCCGCUCGGAGUUGUAUUUAGACAUAAUUAACCAGAAGAAAUCCAGCCCCCCACUGUAGAUCCCAAGGACUCUGUCUGGGGCAGACUGGGAGCUGUAUGUUUACAUGAAUUCGACUGGGGCGGUCUUCCCUGAGCUGGACGAGGGGAGCAUGCCUUUCUGCUGGGAUUCACACCCAUGGAAACCAUAUUUCUGUAGUGAACGGACGCGUGAACACGCAAAGGCAGAGAGCUAGAGGCCAAGGGGGCUGGAGAGCCGAGCAGUCUGGUACUGUUCCAUUGUACCGUUCCUCAGGAUCUCGCCAUCUCACCGGUACGACGCCCUUUGCCGUGGCUCGGGGGUGAGUUUUAGCCAGGAGGGAAGCUCCCAUGAGACUACUGUGAAGCACUGGCCUGAGCUUUGUCUUUUGUUUUUGGGGGUAAUAAGUCGGUGGGCAGUGAUGCUUUGGGGCAAGGGGAAACCAGCAAGAACCGGCUUCUUGCCUCAACAAGAGACACUGAACUGGACCAAACCCCUUUCCGUGGCGUUGCCGUGCUCCCCUGGUCCUGCAGAACUCACACUUGGCCCUGAUCACGGGGCAGAACAGCACUUCCUUUGUCUGUGUGUGGCCAUGCGCCCCUCAAGCAGCGAGAGCCAGUUCCUCCCCAACGCCACCUCUCGGUUUAUUUAUUGACCUCCUGUAGCUGGACACAUUGCUGUGUGAUAGGAACUCCUUGCAUCCUUUCCUUUGUUAAUUUACAAGUGCAAUAUUUCCACGUGUCUUGGAGUCCUGUGGUGGAAUGGACGCCAUCUCUUCUGAGUGUGUACAACAUUUUCUAACUCGGUGGGUUUGAUUUGAAAACUCAGUGCUCCUAGCAGCAGGCCGCUGGGAGAGCCUGGGUAUAUAUAUAGUUUCGUGACAACGGAGGGUUUGAUUGUGUAGAUAAACAACUGUGUGAAUCAGACACUCUCACUGCUCUGAUAACGAUGUCGUGGUCCGGGAAAUGCAGCUUAGUGCCGGAUCUGACGGAGUUGGACAGAAUGCCUUGCGUCUAAGUGCCCGGUUUACAAUGCAAAGCAUCUCUGCAGCUAACAAAAACAUGUUGAGGUCAUGGUUAUAGUGUAAAUAAAAGGAGAAUAUAAUUUCUUG